UCCAUGAGGUUCACCGUGUGGUGCUACGCACACCACACGCCCGCCCAGCCGCGAGCACGCCCACCCCACCCGGUCGCCACUCGCCAGUCGUCACCAUGGCCGCGCUCCUCCAGUCGUCUUUCCCAUUCCCUCACUCCUACUUCCCCAACCCCAAGCCCCAACACCUCGCCGCCCCCGCCGCUGCCACUACGAGGCCCGAGUCGCCCAACGCCCCCAACCCCGCCAGCGCCCACCUCCGCCGCCUCAUUGCCCGCGAGGACCUCGCCGGUGCCGUGCGCCUCGUCGAGCGCUCCGGCUCCUGCGACGGGGAGGCCCCCGACGUCUACCUCUGCACCAAGCUCAUCCGCAACCUCUGCCGCCGGGGUCGCACCUCCGAUGCCGCCCGCGUGCUCCGCGCCGCCGAGGGCUCCGGGUCCCCCGUCGAUGUCUUCGCCUACAACACCCUCGUCGCGGGGUAUUGCCGCUACGGCCAUCUCGACGCCGCGCGCAGGCUCAUCGGCUCCAUGCCCGUCGCACCAGACGCCUACACGUACACGCCACUGAUCCGCGUGCUCUGCGACCGCGGCAGGGUCGCCGACGCGCUCAGCUUGCUCGACGAUAUGCUCCGCCGCGGGUGCCAACCCAACGUCGUCACCUACACCGUGCUCCUGGAGGCCAUGUGCAGGAACAGUGGGUUCGAGCAAGCCAUGGCAGUCCUUGACGAGAUGCGUGCGAAGGGAUGCACACCCAACAUUGUCACCUACAAUGUCAUCAUCAAUGGCAUGUGCAGGGAAGGCCGUGUUGAUGACGCAAGGGAGCUCUUGAACAGGUUGCCCUCUUAUGGAUUCCAGCCCGACACUGUCAGCUAUACCACCCUCCUGAAGGGCUUGUGCGCUUCUAAGCGGUGGGAUGAUGUUGAGGAGCUCUUUGCCGAGAUGAUGGAGAAGAACUGCAUGCCAAACGAGGUGACAUUUGACAUGCUAAUCAGAUUCUUUUGUCGAGGAGGUAUGGUGGAGCGAGCUAUUCAAGUUCUUGAGCAAAUGACGGAGCACGGGUGCGCCACCAACACUACCUUGUGCAAUAUUGUCAUAAACUCAAUUUGCAAACAAGGCCGGGUUGACGAUGCCUUUAAGUUAUUAAACGACAUGGGUUCCUAUGGGUGCAAUCCAGAUACCAUUAGCUAUACCACGGUCCUAAAGGGCUUGUGUCGUGCCGAACGAUGGGAUGAUGCCAAGGAACUUUUGAACGAGAUGGUCCGGAAUAAUUGCCCCCCCAACGAGGUAACAUUCAAUACAUUUAUCUGCAUCUUGUGCCAAAAGGGGUUGAUCGAGCAAGCUAUUAUGCUUAUUGAGCAAAUGUCCGAGCACGGCUGUACAGUGGGUGUUGUCACAUACAAUGCUCUUGUCAAUGGAUUCUGUGUGCAAGGCCAUAUUGACAGUGCCCUAGAACUGUUUCGCAGCAUGCCCUGCAAACCCAAUACCAUCACAUACACUACUUUGCUGACAGGCUUGUGCAACGCUGAACGGUUAGAUGGUGCUGCAGAGCUUGUAGCUGAAAUGCUUCGUGGGGAUUGCCCUCCAAACGUAGUGACUUUCAAUGUACUUGUGAGUUUCUUCUGCCAAAAAGGAUUUCUUGAGGAAGCAAUUGAACUUGUUGAGCAAAUGAUGGAACAUGGUUGCACCCCUAACCUGAUCACAUAUAAUACAUUACUUGAUGGGAUUACCAAGGAUUGCAGUUCAGAAGACGCCCUGGAGUUGUUGCAUGGCUUGGUCAGCAAGGGAGUAUCGCCAGAUGUCAUUACAUUUUCUUCAAUCAUUGGUAUCCUCUCAAAAGAAGAUAGAAUUGAAGAGGCCGUUCAAUUGUUUCACGUAGUGCAAGAUAUUGGAAUGAGACCCAAAGCUGUGGUGUAUAACAAGAUACUACUUGGGCUCUGUAAAAGAUGUGAAAUAGAUAAUGCUAUCGACUUUUUUGCCUAUAUGGUAUCCAACGGAUGCAUGCCCAAUGAAUCAACAUACAUUAUUCUUAUUGAAGGCCUUGCUCAUGAGGGUUUGUUGAAGGAGGCCCAAGAUCUACUGAGCGUGCUGUGUUCAAGAGGAGUUCUAAACAAGAACUUAACAGAAGAGUAACACUAAGGUUGAAGACCAAACUGUGCAUACCCUUUGAGUCAUGAUGAAUCCUGGCAUUAAGUGCUUAUUCGUUAUUCCCAGUGAGUGGAUUGAUAGCCUCGUGUCCUUCAAGCUGCAGUGCUUCAUAUAGAUGGUUGUUUGUGGGCCCAUAACCUUGUAUGAAGGAAUCUUGACAAUGGACCUCAUUUAGAAGAAUCAAGACCAAUGAGACCAAGAGACAAAUCUGGAGUAAAGCACAAGAAAAAAAAGCUUGGUUCUCAAUUUCUCAUAGAUUUCAUACUGACGCAGUAACGAAUACAAUCAACAUUUUCUUACCUGACACUUUUCAGUUUCCCUAAUACAAUGACUUGUUAAACUACAAGCAUUGUGCUUACAAUGAUUUUAGGUUUUCCUUUCAUGAGCAAUGGACAUGUGUGCGGUUGCUUUUCUGUUCAUUGAAGAAUGCAGAUAAUUCAUCACUGAAUCUUGUUUUUGCCCAGGUUUCUGUCUCUUAAAAUUGGCUUGUCUAAGAAUACUAUAAUUUAGAAUAUAAUAUCAUCUGGAUGCCCUUUUUUCACUCUAUAAACAGGCUGGUAUGCUUUACCAUCUUCAUCACCAAGAAUUUGUAUGCUGUAAGCUUUUUAGCUUCCUUUUGGUUGUUGUAGGUUUAUGCCAUUAUAUUUUAGGCCUGCUGAACCCUCAGAAUCUAGCACAUCCUGAAUAGUCAAUUCUGGUAUCAGAUUCUAACACUAUUCUAUGUUUCAAUGGCUGAUUAUCAACUUUGGUGGUGAUGUGAGAAGUGUGGUACUAAUCAAUGCUUCAAGAUGAAACAAGCCCAAUGAAAUCGUGAAGUCCAAGAACCUUCUCUGCAGGUUAGGUCAUUCAGGUAUGCAGUAAACUUUUAUCCUUCCAUAUCAGCGCAGCACUUAAAUUGGUUGGUAAAACCAUUGAAUUGCAUGAGAUGCUGAGCUGAAUAAACAUCAUUGCUCAGAUGCUAAGAAAGUAAGAAUCAAAUGUCUGAUCUAGGAGUUGUUGGCGCUACAGCAUGACUGUUUAUAGAAGGCGUUUAAAAGUACCUUUAAGAGUCAUCAAAAUGCCUUCAAAAACCUUUUUAGGCGUACUUGAGAAUGCUUGCUAUAAUAGGAUGUGCAGUUUGGGGGCAUGGUUCUCAAUGGCGUAAUUUUCAGAUAAGCUGGGUUCUGGUCCUUCUGGAUGUACACUGGCUUUGAUGAAAUUUUCAGUACUGUCCCAGGAAGAGUGACAAGUGGCACGUGACUUGGUCAAGCAUGGAAUGGGCUCGAGAUGGGUGGAGUGUCUGGAAUAGUAUUUGUAGGGUUUGUACAGAACUUGAUGGCUAGAGAUUUGUCUAUUGCACCAGUGGAAUGAAAAUUCACUUUCAUUUACAUU